AUGAAAGCAGGGAAGUUUAGUUCUGGGUUGCUCAAGGAGUGGAAAUACAUACUGCCCGAUAUCAAAGCAGUGCUGAACCACGCAGAGGAGAAGCAGAUCAAGGACGAGGGUGUGAAAAGCUGGUUGGAUGAUCUCCAAGACUUGACUUACGAUGCAGAUGACAUCUUGGACGAGUUUACCUAUGAACAGUUACGUCUCAAGCUCCAAAAAACUCAGGCUCAGGCCACCACUAGUAAGGUACGGAAACUCCUUCCUACCUGCUGUACCGGUAUUGAUUUCACUCCAUCCUCAUUUCUACUUAAAAAUGCCAUGAUUCCCAAGAUGAAAGAGAUCACUGCUAGACUCAACAGUCUAGCUACACGAAGAAGUAGUUUAGUGUUGAGUGAGAUCUUGCCUCAAGCUGCAAGCUCCCAGCAAAAGAAACCGACUGCAACCUACUUCUGUGGUGGAUGGAACUGUGGAGUAUGUUGGUAG